AUGUCAGAAAAUGCAACCAACUCACUUCGUAUUGAUAAAACAGACCGAAACAUCCAGGCUCAACCCACGACAUCGGAUGUUGGAGUGGAUAAUAGCGCUCGAAUGGUAGAUGCAUAUGUUGAUGUAAAACCAUCAACCACAGAUGCAGAAACAAAUACAACAAAUUUUAAUAACAUUGACACAGAGGAGCAAGUGUCGUCAAGAGAAUGGAUCAAAGGUUUCUACAAAAAAUAUCCCAUUUGGGUUGCUCUUAGAAUUCAACCUAUUCGAAAGAAAACUGGUGGUGAAGACCCUUGGUGA